AUGGGGUCACUGGCUCAAAGGCUCCAGCACCCCCUUUCUGUGAGUAAAGUAGUUGUACAGAGUGGAAGAUCUGUCACCAUCCCAUGUCUCUAUGAUAGAGAAUAUGAAAAUCAUGUGAAAUACUGGUGUUAUGGGUCAUACUGGAAUAAUUGUGAAACUGUAGUACGCACUGACUCUCCAACAGUUAAAGGUGAAACAUCAAUCACUGAUGACCCCACCCAUCAUGUGUUCACUGUUACCAUGAGAAAGCUUCAGAUGAUGGACUCUGGAUAUUACUGGUGUGCUGUAGAGAUCCAGCGCGGUGGAGAUAAGAGAGCAUAUCUGCACCUGUCAGUCACUGCAGACACUCCUGGACUCUGGGUUGAGCAGCAGGAGGUGGCCGGUGUGGAAGGGGGCCAUGUCAGUGUGCCGUGUCACUAUAAUGAACCGAGCAGCAUGAAGAAGUGGUGCAGGAUAGAGGGCUCCUGUGUGGAAGUGAAUUCUGGUGAAUCUGGAAGAUCAGAGAUGAAAGAUGACCGCUCUAAAAAGGUCUUCACUGUGACGGUGAGGGAGCUGAACAUGGAGGACACAGGCUGGUAUUGGUGUGCUGCUGGAGAACUACAGAUCCCUGUUCACCUCACUGUCACUCAGAAAACUACAACUACCACAGUCACCACACGUAAGGAACUCAAAAUGAGCCUGUAA